AUAAACACCAACUUGCGCCUGCGCUGUCGUUCACUGUGGUUCGUCCUCUGCAGUCGAGAGACCCGGGCUUCAAUCAAAUUUGAUCUACUAAGUUAACUACACUACCUAAAUUGGAAAAUGUAUGCCUGUGCAAAGUUCGUCUCCACGCCGGCGUUGAUCCGUGCUGGUUCCAGGGCUCUAUACAGGCCCCUCUCUGCCUCGGUGGUGUCCAGACCUGAGGUCAAAAAUGAGAACACAGCCCUCGUGCCCCUGAGCCCCUUCACCCAGGCAGCACUGCGAGGCUUUCAGACCAGCUCUGUGAGCAGGGACAUCGACACCGCUGCCAAGUUCAUCGGUGCCGGCGCUGCCACGGUCGGAGUAGCCGGGUCCGGCGCCGGGAUCGGAACAGUGUUCGGUAGUCUUAUCAUUGGAUACGCCAGGAACCCAUCCCUGAAGCAACAGCUCUUCUCUUAUGCCAUCUUGGGAUUCGCCCUGUCUGAAGCCAUGGGUCUUUUCUGUUUGAUGGUAGCGUUCUUGAUCCUGUUCGCUAUGUAAAAACAUUCUGCUGUCAAUAGAAACACUUCAAUUACAGAUGUGACUACAUAUUUUAUCGUGGCUACCAAAAAUUGUUCUGUGUAGGUGUCAUGAAAAUGUACAUUUUCAAGUUUCGGACACUGUCAAAAUAAGGAAAAAUACUGUAAAAAUGUAAGCAAUUACACAAUUAAAAUGCAUGUAUUUGACUAUUUAAAUUAUGGCAGUACGUUUUCUAUGUUUGGAAUCAUGUCACCGCAGCCAUAAGAACAGUUGGUUUGAAUGUCACCCCGGAUUCCACAAAGGAGAGAGGAUCAACCUGAUCUGUUUACCAAUUUCCUUAGGCAUCAUAUGCUGGCUUUUGUGGGUCUGCAUAGCUUUCUUUGGGUCAACUGCAGAUCAUUAGCAGUAUGUAAGUAGGCAGCAAGUGAUGCUCUUGCUUUUGUAAAUGGCAUUAAAAAUAAAUCUAGACAAAUUUGAUGGUG